GCCUCCGUGGGAGGAUGUACUGGUAACAUGUCUGUCCGUGGGCUCGUGACGGGGGCUCCCCGUGCUUACACGUGAAGGGCAGAUCGAUACCGGACCGAGAGCUACCCCUCCAUUCUGCCCCUACCACCUGCGAACCCCCAGCCUGGGAAUAGCGGGACUGCGCUGGAAACUAAUGGGCAACUUAUCCUCCAUCCAAUUGCACUGUCUAGAGAUGUCAACCAAGCGGAAGAUCAUUGGGCGGCUGGUCCCUUGCCGGUGUUUUCGGGGGGAAGAGGAGAUUAUUUCGGUGUUGGAUUAUUCCCACUGCAGUUUACAGCAGGUGCCAAAGGAGGUGUUCAACUUCGAGAGAACGUUAGAAGAACUUUAUCUGGAUGCCAAUCAAAUUGAAGAUUUACCCAAGCAACUGUUCAGCUGCCAGUCGCUGCGGAAGCUCAGCCUGCCCGACAACGAUCUCUCCAACCUGCCGACGACCAUCGCAAGCUUAGUGAACCUCAAGGAACUGGACAUCAGCAAAAACGGAAUCCAAGAGUUUCCAGAAAACAUUAAAUGUUGUAAAUGUUUAACAAUAAUUGAAGCCAGCGUGAAUCCCAUAUCGAAGCUGCCGGACGGAUUCACGCAGCUCCUUAAUUUAACUCAGUUGUACCUUAACGAUGCCUUUCUUGAGUAUCUUCCGUCUAAUUUUGGGAGGCUCAGCAAAUUGCGGAUAUUGGAAUUGAGAGAAAAUCAUUUGAAAACGCUACCAAAGUCAAUGAACAAACUGACCCAGCUGGAAAGACUGGACCUUGGGAAUAAUGAAUUUGCUGAGCUGCCAGAAGGCUUGGAGCAAAUACAGAAUUUAAGGGAAUUGUGGAUAGAUAAUAAUUCACUUCAAGUACUGCCUGGGGCUACGGGAAAGUUGAAACACCUCGUGUAUCUGGACAUGUCGAAAAACCGGAUCGAGAGCGUGGACAUGGAAGUCUCCGGCUGUGAAUCUUUAGAAGAUCUUUUACUGUCGUCCAAUUUGUUACAGCAGCUGCCUGACUCUAUAGGUUUGUUGAAAAAACUUACAACUCUUAAAGUAGAUGACAAUCAACUUAUAGCGUUACCAAAUACGAUUGGAAAUUUGUCUUUAUUAGAAGAGUUUGAUUGCAGCUGUAACGAGCUGGAAAGUUUGCCCCCCACCAUCGGCUUCCUGCACAGCCUCAGGACCCUCGCCGUGGACGAGAAUUUCCUCACCGAGCUACCCAGGGAAAUCGGGAGCUGCAAGAACGUCACGGUUAUGUCUCUGCGAUCAAACAAACUGGAGUUCCUUCCAGAAGAGAUCGGGCAGAUGCAGAAACUCAGAGUCCUGAACCUGAGCGACAACAGGUUGAAGAAUUUGCCGUUCAGUUUCACGAAGCUGAAGGAACUCGCUGCCCUCUGGCUCUCUGACAAUCAGUCCAAAGCACUUAUUCCUCUUCAGACUGAAGCCCACCCUGACACCAAGCAGAGGGUCCUGACGAACUACAUGUUCCCCCAGCAGCCACGGGGAGAUGAAGAUUUCCAGUCUGACAGCGACAGUUUUAAUCCCACACUUUGGGAGGAGCAGAGGCAGCAGCGCAUGACGGUGGCAUUUGAGUUUGAAGAAAAGAAGGAGGAAGAGGAGGCACCUGGGAAACUCAAGGUUGAAAUUAACCUGAAGCGUUACCCCACGCCGUACCCGGAGGACUUAAAAAACAUGGUGAAAUCCGUGCAGAAUAUGGUCGGGAAGGGAAGCCACAGCAGCUCCCUGGACAGCGCGAUCCCGACGUCGAGCGCCGAGCAAAACCUCAAGGAGAAAUACGAUCACAAGUGGCCGAUGUCCGCCAAAGACAUGAAGACCGCCGAGGUUCCAAACCGCGAACAUAAAGAAUUUCCAAAAACCCAAAUGUCGGACCCCUCGGGCAACAUCCGGAGCUAUUCUUUGGACGUUCCAAAAAGGAAGGAGAAGGAAGAGCAUUCCGAGAGAUCAGAGGAAACGUUUGGCCAUCGCCAGAAUGACAUGAGACUGGCCGAGCUUCGACCGUCGUUAAUCGAGACUCCGCUCUACCCUCCAAAACUUGUCCUACUGGGCAAAGACAAAAAAGAGUCUACAGAUGAGUCAGAAGUUGAUAAGCAUCACCAUAACAGUGUCUCCUCUGGAACGUAUUCAGAUUACUCACCGUCUCAGGCCUCGUCGGGAUCCUCCAACACCCGCGUUAAAGUGCAGAUCACCGGGAAGGACGCUGUGAACAGCUCGCUGUGGGGGAACAGGCUAACCCAGUCUUUCCCUCAGCCUCUUGAAACAAAGCCAUUGCUCAGCCAGCGGGAGACGGCGCCCGUCGGGAAUCUCCAGCAACGCAACGAGAGACAGGCGCUCAACGACUCCUUUACGGAGAACUGGAACGAUAGCUCGCACUACGACAACACCGGGUUCGUGGCGGAGGAGAACGCGGUGGAGAACCCGAGCAGUAACCCAAUGCUGAACUCGAAAUCGAGGAGCACCUCCUCUCACGGUCGCCGACCGCUUAUCAGGCAGGACCGCAUCGUCGGCAUUCCGCUGGAACUGGAGCAGUCGACGCAGAGGAACUCUACGGAAUCGGACGUGCCGCCGAGCAAUCCUUGGCAAAACUGGACUAGAACCCCAAGCCCCUUCGAGGACAGGACUGCCUUUCCUUCCAAACUGGAGAGUAGCCCCGUCAACAGCCCCUUGCCGGAGAGAAAAGUCCGCAAGCAACCGUCUCUGGACAAUCCGGGUACGUUUUCUUCAGGGGCCGGGUGGGAAUUCCACGAUUCCGGCUCUAACCGGAGCAUGGGAAAUGUGUUCGCGCACGCCCAUUGCCGCCCCGAGUCGGCCAAAAACAGUAUUUCGUUGAGCAAAAGUACCGAGAGGCUGGCGCCGUUGAUGAAAGAUCUGAAGACGGGCAGGUUUAAAAAGUCCCAGAGCAUAGACGAGAUCGACAUCGGCUCGAUGAAGGUCUAUAACAUACCGCUACAAAAUUACGACCCAAGGAAUAUCCUGCAAGGAAGCCAUGAGAGACCGGACCUGAUAAUGGGUCAGGAGCAGAGCAUGUCUCGUAGCCACUCCGUGCCGAUGCUGGACGACGAGCUUUUGGGGUACGGGACCAGUAGGGGUCAACAACAAAAGCCCCCAAUGAAAAAGGUGUAUCAGUUUGACCAAAGUUUUAAUCCUCAAGGCGCCGUGGAAGUUAAACCGGACAAAAGAGUGCCUCCUCCUUUCUCGUACAACCCGGACUACUCGGCGCAGCAAACAAAAGCGAUGGCGAAAGAUCUGAUCAGCCCGAGGGCGUAUCGAGGUUACCCGCCUAUGGAGCAAAUGUUUUCCUUCUCUCAGCCCUCGGUCAACGAAGAUUCUCUUCCGCCCCAGUUCACCAAUCAAGGAUCCAGAGCCGGGUUCAUGAAAAGGGCGGAUUCCCUGGCGAGCGCCACGGAAAUGGCCAUGUACAGGCGGGUUAGCGAGCCCCUUGAAAUCCCCCAGAGCGACCGCUUUGGCCGGGCUCCGUUCCUGGGGGCGAUGGAGCGGCAAAGUAGCCUGUCCGUGGCCGAGUCCCAGUUCCUGAAAAGAAACGGGAGGUACGAAGACGACCACGGCCCUUACCCGGACGGGAAGUCUCAGGCUGGUAGUUAUCAAGGUAAAACGCUGACGCAGAGGAGGCCGCUGUCUGCGAGGAGUUACAGCACCGAGACCUACGGGACGUCCCAGACCAGACCCGUUUCGGCCCGGCCAACCAUGGCGGCCCUGCUGGAAAAAAUACCAUCUGACUAUAACUUGCUCGGCUAUGGAGAUAAAGGUUUGGAGAACAGCGACAUGAAGUCGAGGGCGAAUGCUUCGAAAGUAGAAGAACCUUGUAAUAAAAUGCCGCCGGACUGGAGGCAACAGCUGCUCCGGCAUAUAGAAGCCAGAAGGAUGGACAGGAACUCUGCUUAUAAGCACCACACGCUUAGCCUCGGCAUGCUGCACUCAGGAAGCUUAUCAGCAAUGCAUGAGGGUAAACGCAUGGCAUUAACACUGCGUCCCAGAGCUUACGAUCAAGACGUACCCCUCCACCACACGCCUUCUCAGCAGAGCAACAUCUUGGAUAACGGGCAGGAAGAUUUGGCUCAAUGGAAUCCCUACCCCUUGGGUCGGAGGGAUGUCCCACCCGAAAACAUUACUAAAAAGCUUCCCGAAGCUUUGCCUAACGGGUUACAUUACCCACAGGCAGGUAGCCAUAUCCAAACGCUAAUGGGAUCCCAGAGCCUGCAGCACAGAUCGAGGGAGCAGCACUACGACGCGGGGAUGAACAAAGUCACCAUCCAGCAGUACCAGUCGCCGCUGCCCAUCCAGAUCCAAACGGCGCAGAGGGGUCCCCAGUCCGGCCGCUGCUUGAUCCAAACAAAGGGGCAACGGAGCAUGGAUGGGUACCCGGAGCAGUACUGCGUGAGGAUAGAGAAGAAUCCGGGCCUUGGAUUCAGUAUCAGCGGGGGAAUUAGCGGACAGGGGAAUCCCUUCAAACCGUCGGACAAGGGUAUCUUUGUUACUAGGGUUCAGCAUGACGGGCCGGCGUCGGGUGCGCUACAGCCUGGGGAUAAGAUCCUACAGGCAAACGGACACAAUUUUGUUAACAUUCACCAUGAACAGGCAGUGGCCCUUUUGAAGAGUUUCCAGAAUACGGUGGACUUGGUGAUUCAACGUGAGCUUACCGUCUGAAUAUUUUUAUAAAACAAUUAAAAAAAAAAAAAGAUAUCGUUUAGAGAGAAUCUUAUCUUGGAAUAAUUCAAUUUCUACGUAGGAGAACACAUUUUUGCCAAUUGCUGGAUCAAUGGCGAAGAAUUACUGCCAAAUGUAUAAAAAAAUGAUGAUUAUUAUUAUUAUUUACCAUUUAUCGACUUUCUGGUGUUAGCGGUAUAAACGCGUGCGGAGAAUUUAUCCCAUUUUACUGUCAGCUUGAGGCUGUGCGUCGGUGCAGUUUUAUAAAGAAAUUCUGUUUUUUUUUCCCCCCCCAAAGCGGAUUUUCCUAAACUUUCAGAGCGUGGAAGCACAGAAACUCUUCAGAUAUUGGAUUUAUUAAGAAACACUGCCUCAAAAUUGUAUAUGCCUUUUAUAUAGAAAACAUAUAUAUAUAUAUAUAAAAAAAGAAAUUCGUAGG